AGCAUUUUGAUGUGGAACCGCAACAUUCACGUGUAAACAACUUGUAUGAUUUUGCUUUGUAUAUUUUCAGUUAUUUAUGUUUAUUUUCAUACGUGUCACUUCUGUAGUCAAUACUAAGAAACUGCAAUUCAACAACUAGUUUAAUCUUUAAAUACAUCCACCUUAUUUGGAGCGAAUAUGGCUUCACUAGCACAACAGGGCGAUGAUAGCGACGAUGGCAUGGAUGACUUUAUGGAGAAAUUCAAAAAAGAGAAAUAUAGCAAUGCCUUUUCCGAAAAGAACUGGGAAGAGGUAAGACGUAACGUUAACGACAUCUUUACACAAACGACUGAUAACGUUAGCACUGACAGCUAUUACUGUCAGUGUCAUUUGUAGUUGAUAGCUAGUUCGUUAGAUAUGGCUAACUGAUUAACGUUAGCUAGCAAGCUAUCUGUGGAUGGGAGCUAACCAAGAAACGUUAGCUAGCUAGAAUACUACCAAAUAUGUGUUUAAAUAGCUAAACCCUUUUUUUAAAAUAUAUAUAUAAAGUUAAAAAACACUUUUCUCUACAAUUUGUGAUACUGUCACGUCUCAUUGAUUGGCUAGCUAGUUGGUUACUAGUUACGAAAAGGCCAGCAAUGCAAUAUGUUUGUAAAGUUAACGUUACUCAACUGAGUUGCGUGCACACCGCAAUGCCCAGCACUGUCCCCUUGGGUUUCAGGGGCCACAGGCUUCAAUCUAUUUCUAAUUCAAUUACAAUUUAUUCCACUGCCCUGCAGGAGUUUGAUAAGGUGCCCAUGUUCAUGAAGACAGCCCCUGAGGAGAUUGACCCCAUGAAACACCCGGAGCUGGCUGCUAUUCAGUCCAUUAUACACGACGAUGACAGACCACUAGAAGGUAUGACAGCCAUUACUGUACUUUCCACCCAGUGCUGAUGUAGGACCAGCAUUCCCGACCCCAGAAUCAUUAUUAUUUUUCCUCAGAGCAGGCCGAGAGCCUGAAAGAUGAGGGGAAUGACUACUUCAAGGAGAAUAAUUACAAGAAGGCCAUAGUGUCCUAUACGGCUGGGCUGAAGAAGAACUGCAGUGACUCUAAUGUUAAUGCCAUCCUGCACACUAACCGGGCGGCGGCACACUUCCACCUGGGUACUGUUUUUAGAAUCUUUCCAUCUGUAGAUCUCAUGAUAUUGGUCUAGUACAGUGGUUCCCAACCUUUUUCAGUUACUGUACAACAUUUGCAUUUUACCAGUAGGCCUAUGGUCUCGUGACUAUUCUCAAGUACCCCCUGUGGAUAUGCCAAGUACCUCCAGGUGUCCUAGUACCCCUGGUUGGGAACCACUGGUGUAGUAGUCUGUCUGUGAGUCUUCCAAAGUUUGUUCUGGGAUGUUUGUUGCAAUUCUUCACUCGCUUAUUAUUUUCUUGCAGGUAACAUGCGUUCUGCUCUGAAUGAUGCUGUGGCUGCAAAGAAGUUUAAACCAGACCACCUUAAAGCAUUAAUCAGAGGUUUGUCUAUAGAAUAAACAUCCCAUUUUACUUUUCUACUGGAUGACACAUCUAGACACAACACAUUUUUUAUGAGGCAAGUGUGUGUCACGGUUGGGGUCAAUUACAUUUAAAUUCCAGUCAAUUCAGGAAGUACAGUGACAUUCCAAUUCUCUUCAAUGCUUUUCAAUUAGGAAAAUUUAGAAUUGGAAUUUGGUUUAGUUUCUGAAUUCAAAUGGAUUUACCCCAACCCUGAUGUGUAUUUUAGUUUAGUUUGCAGGUCUGCAUUCAUUACUCCUCCUCUCUCAUCCUCCUUGUCCUGUCUUGACUGUGCCCAGGUGGCACGUGUUGCAUGGAGCUGAAAAAAUACACAGACGCCCUGCAGUGGUGUGAAGAGGGACUAAAGCUGCAGCCGACAGACAAGAAGCUACUGGAGCUGAGAGCUGCAGCAGACAAACAUAAGGCAUGACAGAGGCUAUGAUCCAGUACUCUUAAAUGAUGUUCAUGUUCAUUUUUACUUGUCUUUUCUUUUGUCACCACAAUAUGAAAGGAUUACAGGUGGAAAAGCAGUUUGGUGGAUCUUUGUAAAUGGAGUCCAUAUUUUAUAUAAACCUAUGCUGAAAUUGAUGUAUUUGUGGUUUAGAGAGCGGCAGAGAGAGAUGCAAGGAAGGCAAAGGUCAAAGAGAAGAAGGAGCGCAGUGAGAGAGAGGCCCUUCUGGCUGCCAUAAAGGUGAGUAUGAUGGUAGAAAGUAAAAAUCACAAAAUACUUGCAUCAUAUUUCAUGAUUCCUGUAUAAGUUGAUGAGGAAACAGCUGCAUGGCAAUACAUUUUUAUUUAUCUAUAUUUGCUUUACAGGAGCGUGGCAUCCAGUUACUAAUGCCUCAUCAGCAUCCUAAGCGCAGGUCUGACAGUGAGGAUGAUGAUGGAGGCUCCUGUAGAGCCAUGGCAAGGCCGGACUUGGAUGGUCUGUGUUCUACGGAGGCCACAGGUGCGAAGGUGUUCCUGGACGAACAGGGAAUCAUGCACUGGCCAGUUCUCUUCCUGUACCCCGAAUACCAACAAACAGACUUCAUCUCAGCCUUCAGCGAGUCCUCCAGGUAUGAUCCCCCUUCCGCUCUCUCUCUCUCUAAACAGAAUGUGGGGUUGGAAGGGUCUACAUAAAAGCAGACAGUACAUGUAGUUUUGUUGGUUCUAUAAAUUAUCCAAUACUCUACAAUACCAACCUCAACUCAACCCAAAUACGACUACAAGUAGUGUCUAAAGUAGACCAACAUUGCAUUGCUAAUUAACAAAUAACACUCAAAAUAAUACGGAACAUAGCAUAAUUAUUAACAUAACAUUCGUUUUUUCAGCUUCCUAGAUCACCUGACUCUCAUGUUUGGAGAGGAACUCCCACCUUGGGACAUUAACAGGAAGUACUCUCCCAAAAACCUUCAGGUUAGUAUAUUUUACUUCGAUUUGUUGGUUUCAUUCAACAGUUUUUGGGUUAUAUACUGUCUCUGAAAUUGUGUUUUCCUUAGUUGGUUCCAGCUAUUUUGCCAUUCUGACCCCUCUACUCCUUAGCUGUUCUUUGAAGACCACGAGAAAGAGUCAUUACAUCAAGUUAACCCUGAGACGCCUCUCAUGAAAAUCCUACAGCAUAAAAGGUACAGAAUGUAUUUUUUCUCACAAAGUUGUUUGAACUCACUUGUAUACUGUGACUUGCUGAUUUUUUUUCUUCCCUGCUUAUUUGACAGGUGUUUUAUAAAGGCAGGAACUCCCAGCUUCGUCAUUCUGGUAAAGGGGUCACCGUUCUGCGAGAAGUUCUUAUCAGAAAGGAAAACACAUCGACUUUUAACCCAUUCUCUUCAGCAGUCAGCCUAAUGAACAAUGAACUCUCUCUCACCAGUGAAUACAAAAAUGGAGUUUAAUUGCAUAGAAGAAGAGACAAUGUUGCAAGCAGCGUCCCCAUGCUCAGGGAUUGAGAAUGUUGCGGUGCUCAUGAGCUGUGCAUACUCUAUCUAGAGAUUUUAGAGUGGGUGUAAUCUGUCAUACAAUCCGUUGUAAUAUUGUCACUAUAACUAAAAGGCCUUAACGAAAUGUACACAAAGUUUGUAUGACAGUUUCUGUCUGUCAUUUUCUUCUCACUGUCACAACAACAUGUAGUUGCACGUGUGCUUGUCAAACUUCAAUCUGACUAAACCAGCUUUUCUAGCUUGGUAGGAAGUUAAGAACAUUCUCCAGCUGCCUGUGUGUAACAGUACUGCAUAGCCCCAAAGCAGUAUUACCCAAGUGGCGCAUUACUCCCGAGUGGCGUAGUGGUCUAAGGCACUGCAUCUC